AUGAAAUCGUGUAAUUGCGACGACUCCGAUAUUUUAGACGAUCCGAUAAAACCUUUGGACACAUGGUGGAUUGUCUUGCGAGAGACUUCGCUUCAUUAUGCGAUUCGGUCUGGUGACUUACGUAUCGCAGGAUAUAUUGCAAAAAUGCCGACGCGUUUAGUAGAAUGUGUUGAUUCGUAUGGCUAUACACCUUUCUUACUUGCGAUCAAGUAUGGAAGAUGCCAGCCCACUAAUCUCAUGAAAGAAAAAGCAAAUAAAGAUAAGUGCUCCCCUUCUGCUUCAUUAAUAUCUCGUCAAGACAUCACCGGUUCUGGUACUAUUAUUGGUGAGAAGGGGGAAGAUAUUUGUCAAGAAGGUGCAACAUUUGCCCAUUUAAUUGCUAAAUACAACCGAGUUAAAAUGAUUGACAUUUUUGAAAAUGACGUCUCUCUGAAAUGGAAUAUAGCAGAUAGUUCUGGCAAUAAGCCAAUACACUAUGCAGCUAGUCACAGUAGUACGGAUUUUAUCAAGUAUAUGUCCUUGAAGUUUGGAAGGACAUCUUUUGAGGAAGAGUCAAAAAAUAAGUCAACGGCCUAUCAUUGUGCAGCAAUAAGCUGUUCAGAGGCGAGUUUAAGGGCUUUAACUAAUGCAUUUAGUGAUAAUUUAAUAGAUUUUAAAGAUAAUUGCAAUAGGAGUGUAUUGCAUUAUGCUCUCAUGUGCGAGA